AUGAUACGAACCGACACCGAUACAGUCAGCAGAUUCAAUAAAGUUGGCGAGAAAGACAAGAAUCAUCCUGUUUAUUCAGAUACACAAAUAGAACAAGUUUUGGAACUCGCUUUGAAAAAUACCGAUAUGAAUGGAGACGGCUAUAUUGAUUAUUUAGAAUAUAAAAUUAGCGACUAUAAAGCAAAAAAGAAGCAAGAAGAUAAUUUAGCACGAGGACUAAAAAUUGAUCAAUGA